AUGACAACAAAGAGAUUAUCACUUAACAUUUCACCCAGUACCAGCACACUUGCUAACCGUAGAAGAAAUAACAAGAAUUUAUCUCUUUGUCUUUCACCUGAAACAGCCAUUGCAAUUCAAGAGAAAGAUGAUGUAAAUGCGUAUCCAUUAGGACCAGUCAAGAUCAUGCCCUUUCUUUUUUUAGGAUCAGAAAAAAAUGCGGCUGAUUUAAACAAUCUUCGCCAGUUAUCUAUUAGUGCCAUAUUAAAUGUUGCAGCCGAAACCAUUCAAUCUGCAGCCACAGAUGUUUCUUAUCAAAAAUUACCAUGGCAACAUAAUCAAGAUAAUUUAGUCGUUGAACUGAAAAAAGCAAUUGAUAUCAUUGAUAGAGCAAGAUUGGCAAAGCAGAAUAUUCUUGUUCAUUGCCAAUGUGGUGUUGCUCGCUCUGCAACAGUUAUUAUUGCCUAUGUUAUGAAGACUUUAAAGAUGCCAAUGCAAGAUGCCUAUAAUCACGUCAAGUUAUUAGCCCCUCCUAUCAGCCCUAACCUUGGGUUAUUGUUCCAAUUAAGAGAAUUCGAACAAUCCUGCAUUCAGGUACCAACAACACCUACAACGCCUACAACGCCUACAACGCCUACAACACCCACAAAUAGCCGCUUCUUUGCAAGAGCUUCUUCUAUUGGCGUAUGGAAGCGUAAGCUAACAAAAUCUAUCUUUUCUUCUGAAGAAAAACCAAAAACCAACAAUGAUGGUUGGUGGAAGACAAGAAAAUUAUCUACUGAUACACCUACUUGCUAUUAAGCUCUUUUCCUCUCAUCUCAAUACCACUUAUUACAUAUAUAUUCCAAUCAUUGUAGAUAUUUCUCCCCCUAAAAAAUAUUUCUGUAUCUAUUUCACUCCUUAUCACACA